UUUUUGAUGUAUUCGAAGUUUUUUUUUUCUUUUUAAUAUCUAUGUUUUUAAAAGGUUUAUUGUAGCUUAUUUCUCCCGAUAUCUCGACAUAUUCUUUUUCUUUUAAUUUAAUUUUUCUUAAGACUUUAUUGUUUGAAUAUUUUAUAUGUUUGACUUUGUUUAUUUUAAUACAAAAACUGCAACCCGAGGGAUAUACCAACGUAAAAGCGAAUAUAACGAUUUUGAUAUAGUAAGCUAUUUCAUUAAUUAAAUUCCAAAGAAAAUUAAAAGAGAGAAAAUGUCUUGUAUUAUGUUUGAAUGUAUGAAGAAAAAUAAUUGUAAAAAAAUGGAUUAAUUACUGAGCUGACUAUAUAACAGUAUAAAUGGGGGAUUGUGGCGGCAACAACGUGCUUGCUUGUGUCCUAAUCCUUCCUUCUCCGUCAAUAAUUUCUUCUUAAGAAAAUGUCCUAAGAUCACCAGACUUAUAGGGUUCUUUCUUCGUUCUCUGUUUCAACAGAACUAGAGGUUUCAGGGUUAAACAAUGGAAGAGAAAAAAGUAGCAAGAGCGUUGAGCGAACACUUGUCUCUACCUCCUCCACCAUCUCCUGUUGUAGCGGUAGCCAUUAAUGGAAAGAAGAAGAGCAAAUACGUUGCAUUUUGGGCCCUUGAGAAGUUCGUACCCGAAGGCUUCUCUGAUUUCAAAUUGCUCUAUGUUCGUCCUCCUGUCACUUACAUCCCUACCCCAAUGGGGAACGCGAUAUCUGUGUCAGAGCUUAGAGACGAUGUAGUAUCAGCUUACAGGCAAGAAGUGGAUUGGCACACAAACGAGAUGCUACGUCCAUACAAGAAAAUGUUCGAAAGGAGAAAGGUGCAUGUAGAGAUUUUGGUGCUGGAAUCACACGAGCCUGUAGCUGCGAUAGCAGAAGAGAUCGCUGGAACAGGAGUCACCAAACUGGUAAUAGGAAUGUCUCUUCGCGGAUUCUUCUCAAGAAAGAUCGAUAUGUCAUCUAUGAUAGCAACAGCUGUCCCGAGGUUCUGCACAGUCUAUGUGGUCUCUAAGGGUAAACUAGCUUCCGUGCGUCCUUCUGAUUCAGACGCUAGCGGAAGCAUACGAUUCGAAAGAACCGAGAGAAGCAGUUCUACGAGUGGCUCCACUGAUAGUCCUAGACUCCCUUCUGAGUACCAAGACUUCCUCUCGUUUGUUUCGGAAGCGCAAUCCCGAGUCUCUCCGUUUUUUCCUGCUCCAAAACACUCAAUGAGCACCAGCGUGGUGGUUCAGAUGGAGACGAGUUCUAGCGAGAAUGACCAAGAGGAAGUAUCUAGAGGGAGAGGGAUGGAGAUUGUACAAAGCGGUAAUGAAGGGAAGAAGAAUAAGGAUGAGAGCUUUAGUGCCUCGUUCCCAAUGGGAACAGAUGCGUAUCACGCUAUGAGCUGGGCUUCUAAAUGGAGAGAUCACGAGGAUCGGAGAGAGAUCAUGAGUUCGUCUUCGAGCAACAACCACGAGCUAGCUAAUAUGGAUUGGGGUGCAGUGGUUCCUGAGAACUAUUCUUUUGUUUCUCAUUGUGCCUCUAACAUGUCUGAUGGACUCCUCAGUGUCCAUUCCGUGACUGAUAACCAGGUAAAUCUGAGCUUUGAGAUUGAGAAGCUGAGAGCUGAGCUGAAACAUGUUCAGGAGAUGUAUGCAAUGGCUCAAACCGAGACUGUGGAUGCUUCGAAUAAGCUAACUGAGCUAAACCAGCGGCGGUUUAUGGAAUCCGAGAAGCUUGUGGAGCUGAAGGAAAUGGAAGAAGUAGCGAAAGAUACCGCUUCAAAGGAGAAGCAAAGGUACGAAGAGGCGAUGAAGGAAGCGGAGAAGGUUAAAGAACUCAUGAUGAAAGAGGCUUUACAUAGAAGAGAAGCUGAGAUCAAAGCAGAGCGUGACGCUAGAGAGAAAGAUAAGCUCCAGGCUUCUCUCGUCUCUCCCGGGAUCCAAUACCAACAUUAUACCUGGGAGGAAAUCGCAGCUGCGACUUCUGACUUCGCAGAAAAUCUCAAGAUUGGAAUCGGAGCCUAUGGAACCGUAUACAAAUGUAAUCUGCAUCACACGACAGGCGCUGUUAAGGUCCUUCACGCUGGAGAAACUCAGCUCUCUAAACAGUUUGAUCAAGAGCUUGAGAUCUUGAGCAAAAUCCGACAUCCUCACCUAGUCCUCCUCCUCGGGGCUUGUCCCGAACGAGGCUGUCUCGUCUACGAGUACAUGGACAACGGAAGCUUAGAUGACCGGUUGAUGCUAGUGAACGACACUCCUCCAAUCCCUUGGUUCGAGCGUUUCAGGAUCGCUUUGGAAGUAGCUUCCGCGCUCGUCUUCCUCCACAAAUCCAAGCCUAGACCCAUCAUUCACCGCGACCUCAAACCAGGAAACAUAUUGCUUGACCACAACUUCGUCAGCAAACUCGGAGACGUUGGUCUCUCCACAAUGGUUAACCAAGACGACGCAGCUUCUAAACUAACCGUCUUCAAGAAAACAAGUCCCGUGGGAACGCUCUGUUACAUCGACCCUGAGUAUCAGCGGACCGGGAUUAUCUCACCUAAAUCAGAUGUGUACUCUCUAGGAGUUGUGAUUUUACAGCUGAUAACGGCGAAACCGGCUAUAGCGAUUACUCAUAUGGUGGAAGAAGCGAUUGGGGACGAUGCUGAGUUUAUGGCACUGUUGGAUGUAAAAGCUGGGACUUGGCCUAUUAGUGAGACUCGUGAGUUAGCUGCUUUGGGACUGUGUUGUACGGAACUGAGACGCAGAGACAGACCGGAUCUUAAAGAUCAGAUCAUCCCAGCUUUGGAGCGGCUUAGGAAAGUCGUCGAAAAAGCUCAAAACUCUCUCUCGAGGACUCUGUCUGGUCCUCCAUCUCACUUCAUUUGUCCACUCAUCAAGGGAGUGAUGAACGAGCCGUGCGUGGCUGCGGAUGGGUACACGUACGAUAGGGAAGCUAUAGAGGAAUGGCUGAGAGUGAAAGAUACGUCGCCGGUAACGAACCUUCCAUUGCCUAACAAGAACCUUCUUGCUAAUUACACACUUUACUCAGCAAUCAUGGAGUGGAAAUCUAAUAAACUAUAGUGAGAAAGAGACUCAACAAAUAAGUACGAUGGAUUCGUUUAAUGUGUUACUACUCUAAUCUUGUUUUGUGUUUCUCUCUGUUCCGGGGAUUUAUCUUUUGUGUGAUGAGAUUACAAGAUUACAACAAUAUAUAGAGAGAGAAAAAAAGUAUAUUUGAUUUA